CCCAGCAGUGCCACCUGCCAGUGCCCAUCAGUGCCACUUAUCAGUGCCAGUCAGUGCCACCUAUCAAUGCCAGUCAGUGCCACCUAUCAGUGCUACCAAUCAGUGCCACCUAUCAGUGCCAGUCAGUGCCACUUAUCAGUGCUACCAAUCAGUGCCAGUCAGUGCCACCUAUCAGUGCCAGUUAGUGCCGCCUAUCAGUGCGCGUCAGUUCCACCUAUCAGUGCCCGUCAGUGCUGCCUAUCAGUGCCGCCUAACAGU